GACUUCAGUUCAAACAAGUUAACAAUAGCACACACGGUUUGUCUUAUUUGUCCUCCAAGCGAUUGACUCACUUUAAUUUCAUUCUUAUUAGACUUACGUGAAUAACUACACUACGAUCUAUGUCUGAAAUUUUUGGCAGUGGAUUGAAAGUCGCUGAUAAUCCUUCUAACGAAUCGGUUGGGAGCAACAGCCCCAGGGAGACCAGUCGUGGUCCCCCUGAGGACCGGGGCUCCGCUCAACGAUCGACCGAGAAUGGUUAUGAGAUUGAGACUAACUGGAACAAGACUGUCGACAAGUUCGACGACCUCGGAAUCAAAGAGAAGUUGCUGCGAGGCAUCUACUCGUAUGGUUUCGAGAAUCCCUCAGCCAUCCAGCAACGGGCUAUCCUCCCAGCAACCCAGGGACGAGAUGUGAUUGCCCAGGCCCAAUCAGGGACAGGAAAGACCGCCACGUUUGCGAUAUCGGUUCUGGAACGAAUCAAGGAAGACGACCCGUCAGUUCAGGCUCUCAUAAUGGCUCCGACCCGUGAAUUGGUUAUUCAAAUCCGAGGUGUGGUCUUCGCUUUGGCCGAAUACAUGAACAUCCAGGUGGCCUUCUGCGUCGGAGGCUCUGAAGUAUCCGUGGAUGCUGUGAAGAUGCAAGACGCCCAAGUUGUGGUCGGAACUCCUGGACGAGUUUACGACUUGAUGAAUCGAACUCUUCUGAAGACCGACAAGAUCCACAUGUUGGUUUUGGACGAAGCUGACGAAAUGUUGUCGCGUGGAUUUAAGGAGCAGAUUGUCAACAUUCUGAAGAAGAUCUCCGCGAAUGCGCAGAUCGUUCUAAUGUCUGCGACAAUGCCUCCAGAUGCGCUAGAACUUUCCCAAAAGUUCAUGCAAGACCCUGUGAGAAUUCUGGUCAAGAAGGAAGAACUAACACUGGACGGUAUCCGACAGUUCUAUGUGAACUGUGAACGUGAAGAGUACAAGGUUGACACGCUGUGUGAUCUGUAUGAGACUAUGACGAUCACUCAAGCUGUUAUUUUUUGUAACACUAAGCGCAAGGUCAUCCAUGUUCAGGAUAAAUUGACCGAGAAAGGACAUACAGUGUCGGCAAUUCACAGCGACAUGCUUCAGCGUGAACGAGAAGUCGUCAUGAACGAAUUCAGAACCGGAUCCAGCCGGGUCCUGAUUGCGACGGAUCUGAUCUCGCGAGGUAUCGACGUCCAGCAGGUAUCCCUGGUCAUCAACUUUGACCUUCCGUCGAACCGAGAGAACUAUAUCCACCGAAUCGGGCGAUCCGGACGAUUUGGCCGAAAGGGAGUGGCGAUCAACUUCGUGACCCAGAAAGAUAUCCGGUCAAUGCAUGAACUGGAGGAUUUCUACCACACGAAAAUUGAAGAACUGCCCAAGAAUGUCAUGGAUUUGCUGUGAACGAUACGCAGAAAUGUUGGCAUGACAGAAUAAAAGUGGGAAAAACAAAGGCGGCGACUACAAAUAAACAUGGAAAGUCUUCUCACAACAACACCAGGGCGGCUGUCUAGACGAAAACACCCCAUUUUAGUUUUAUAACCUACCAGUUUCAAGGUUUUCAUGAUAGUUUUGCAAAUGAUUUUUUCAAAAACAUGCAGUUGCGCAGAUGAAAACGUUGAACAACUAAACUAAACCUACUAGCAAAAAUAGAACAACUUAUGAGCUUAAAAUAGUAAUUUUCAGUUUUUGCUAUUAAUUUAAUGCUCAAUAAUUAAAUGAUUUAAGAAAAACAUUGCAUGACAAAAUAUUCAUUUUUCUAAACUCAUAAACCAUGCUGUUGCAUUACUUGACUUAACAUGUAUUUAACUGUUUUAAGUUAUAGCUUCUUAAUUUUCAAGUUGCUAAUAAAUGGGUUGCUGUUUUCGAUUUUCUAUUUAGCCUUAAGCCCACGAAGGGAAAGACAAUUUAUUUAUCCAUGUA